CAAACACAUUUCGAAUCAGCCUCCAGUAGCUUGGAGAUGCAGCUGUCAGUCAAAUUGCUGUUAUCAAUUAUGGCAGCAUUCAUCAUCUUGGAUCAAGUAAAAUACAGCAAAGCUAUGGCGAUUCCAGAAACAAGGCAUGAAUCAGGGGCAACUGGAGCUCAGACAUCGACUGCAUCCGCUGAGAGAAGAUCGGUUCGGCACAUUGUGCGGACGAAACGUGAGACUAAUGAUUCGCCACUAGACUUUAUCACAAGCCAUAUGCCUUGCGACAUGGAUAUGAGGAAUCGUGGGCGGCUUAUGCGGAACUUGCCUAAUCACUGCAUUUGGACAUACAAUAACCGAUAUGCCUCGGAGAAAUUGUUUCGCAUGUAUAAGUCUUAUCAGCUGGAGGCCUUCUUUUUUGGGCAAUAUUACGAACGCUUUAAACGUUUCGAGAUUGAUCCGCACAUUUACGACUAUGAUGUGGAGCAUGAUUAAUGAAAGCCUUGGCUAAGUUAAAUAUGUGUCUGAGGUGUAAAUGGUUAUACACUAUAUAUAUAAUAAAGUAGACAUUAGUAGUAGAGCCACUGAGCUACUUCUAAUAUUUAUAUAAGCAUUCACAUCAGCAAUGCAAUGUACACAUA